GUUUUAAUACACAGCAGGCGGUGCAUGAUGUGUCCAUUAACGUGUCUCGCCUCGGGUGUUGUGUUACACUGGAAAACAUUUCUAUCGACUAGGUCCGCGUUUUAAUUUGCCCUUCCCAACAUGGCGUCAAUGCGCGCCCACAUUAAUCCCUCGAAACGUCCGCCCGAGAUUUCCAAUCAUGGCUUCUGCUUUACCCGAUGAUGAACUUCGAAGGGAGCUGAAAUCUUUCGGGUUCUGCCCGGGUCCAAUCUCAGACAGCACCAGGAAGCUUUACCUCAACAAACUCAAGAAGCUGGCGUCCGAAAACUACAGUAAAUCGAGGUUUGCCAGAACCCAGAGACCUCACAAGCAUGUACUGAGCAGCCAGCAGCAUCAAACCCAACACAGGCACGACAGCCUGAGACUGCGAGAGAACAGCGCCAGCCCCAGCCACCGAUACCGGACUUCAAGCUUCAACCAGCAGGACAGCGACGAAUCCGACGAUUAUGAAGCUUAUUUGCACUGCGCUCGUCCGGCGGACAACGUCAACUUCACCUCGUACACAAAGGAGGAUUUGCAGAAGCGAUGCGACAGCACAGUGAAGCAGAACGUGUUUCUAGACCGCCAGCUCUCUCUGGCUCUGCUUACAUGCACCCUGGUCCUGUCCGCCGUUAUAAUUUGGCUGGUCUAUGUGAAAACCGUGGGUCUGGGGCAAAACAAAGAUGUGGAAAAUAAUCUUAAAAUGCUUCCUGUGGAUUGCAAGGGGAAAACCGACACAUACUGCAGAGCAGAGGAGCAUAAGGUGCACAUGCAGCUGCUGUCUGAGCUGUACAGCUUCCUCGCCAAAGUGGCAGGUGACUUUGAGUGUGGAAAUCCAUCAGACCUCAAGAGUAAAUGUAUUUCUGUUGAUGAUGCCAAAAGUUAUUUAGCCAUUUUAAACGGGGGCUACACAGACCGGUUUGAAGCGGCUCUUCAGAUGAUCGUUCAGAGCAAGCGAGACCUGGGCAUCAGGGUGGUGGAGCCGGGCAGUGCCCCCGGGGCAGUGCGGUGCCUGGAGUCCAGUCAGCCCCAGAUGGGAUUCAUGUGCCGCUUCAGCAGGGCCGUCUUCAGCGUCAUGAGCAGGAUGUUCAUAUUCGUCCUUGCUCUAGGGGUGUUGUGGGGAGUCCUGAUCCUGCUGCGCUACCGCUGGAGGAGGCUGCAGGAGGAGGAGCAGGCCAUGUACGAGCUGGUGAAGAGGAUCAUAGGCGAGGUCCGGGAUCACUAUAAAGACUGGGAUCAGGGUCUGGAGCCCAUUCCCUAUGUACCCAUCCCUCACGUGCGGGACUCCCUCAUCCCACCACAGAACAGGAGGCGCAUGAGGCGGAUUUGGGACAGGGCUGUGGAGUUCCUGUCCUCAAACGAGUCUCGUAUCCGCACAGAGACACACCGCAUCGCCGGGGAGGAUUUCCUGGUGUGGCGCUGGACCCAGCCCGUGGAGUUGUCCGACUCCAGCUAGGGGGCCUGGACACACCUGACCCCACCUGGACACAGGACUUUUACACAGUGUAUUCUUCCAAAAUACAUUGCUUUCUGCAGUACAGUGCAAGAAGAGUCUGAGUACAAUUUGUAAUUAUAAUUGUUGUUGUUAUUAUUAUUUUUGUUGUUGUAAUUGAGUCUUGCAAUUGAGCAGAGUUGAGGAUCGUUAUUGCACCAUGAGCUCUGUCAGAGGCCUCUGUGCUUUCGUGGGUCUGUAGAGAGUGACCUGGUCAGAGUCUCUCUAAGACUAGUCAUCUGUGCAGUACUGGUUCAGAGACAAGGCUGGACCAUGUUCUCCUUUCUAACAAGAUCCUAAAUGUGCAGUUCAUUCCAGGGUUAGAAACUCCAGCAGCCCUGCACCCAGUCCUGGGUUUCAGCACUUCCCUCAGUUGAUUGUAUUGUUGAAAUGAUCCACAGCCAGAAGUCUGAGUAGUCGUGCCCCUCUUCAGUAGACUGUCCCUCCCCCUGUAGGUGCGUGAACAACUGCAGACUCAGGUGAGACUGACGGGGAGUGUGAUCAGGUCAGAGCACAUUUAGCAGGGGGCUGUGCUACCCUUUUACUCCAGUGCACAUGUGCACCACUUUUAAAAGUUUUUUAUCUGUGGUUUUCUUUAGAUUAGACAGUUAAAAGUUUGCAAGUUGGAUCAAAUGUUUACUUUAGUCUGUGUGUUCUGUUAGAAUGAUUUAAACCUUAAUUAUUACAUUGUUUCACAUCCUCAUUUUAAUGUUGCGAUGCUGUGCCUGUGAUUUUAACAUUUGUUAUUCCCAAUUUCCAAAUAGUUCCCUUUUGCAUGACUCAAGUUUUGGGGUUGAUGGCUUGUUAGAGGGUGGGGGUUAAUCCACAGUAAUUGCACCGUGGGUGUCAUUUUCAUUCUGUUUGCAGCACUGCAAAGUUGCCUCUGUUUUUCUUUUGUAAACACUCUAGUAAGAAAUAAGCUGGAACACUAAUGUAACUGUUUCAACCUAAAGGCUGGUUGUUUCUUGAGCAUCAAGACAAUGCUACAACGUGUUCUACUUGUUCAAAAAAUGACUGCAAACAGAACAAAAGCUACACUGUACUAACACAGUGUGUGCUGUACAUGCAUUCUGCUUAUAUAUAUAUUUGUGUGUGUACGCAAUUCAUGUCAGCCAAAUACAGACAUAUUUUGUUAUGACAAGUAGAGCAUCUACUCCAGGAAUGGAAAUACGACUUCUGUUGCAUAGCAGUUUGAUCCAAUCCUGGUUUUAAUAUGAGCUUAAUAAGACGCACCUGUGUGUGUUACCUAUACACUGUGGCUAAUCAAGCUUGUAGUAAGACCUGGAAUGGAUGAGACCGCUAUGCAAUAGAAGUGUUGCUUCCAACCCUGUACCCAUGCACUGUAAACAGCACAGGGAGAAGGCUUGGUAGCGUCACACACAGAGACUCUUCAGAGAGAAUAACAUAUAUUUGGGAGGUUCCACUGCUAAAUGAGGGGGAAGCAGGGAAAAUAAAUAUUCAAUAAAUGCAAAUGUUUUAUUUGUUAAUGUCAAUGUUAUUUGUAGUGUUAUGAUCAAACAGCUUUUAACAAUAUUCCCUUUAAAAAAAAAAAUGUAUAUACAUUUUUAAAAAGCAUCUGCAUGGAGUGCAAAUAGGUCUCUGAGACUUGACGACAUUGUGAAAUGCAGCUAAAUAAAGAGAGAUUUGAAAA